AUGAUUACUGAAGUAGAUCAUCAACCAAGCCCAUAUGUCUACUCCAAUACUACACGCCCAGCCACUAUUAACAUCCAACCAUUGAUACCGAUUUCAUUGAAUCAACAAGGUAAACAAAAGCAACAGCAGCAGCAACAACAACAACAACAAAUAGAACAUGUGCCAGAAGUACUGCCACUGCCACUGCCACUGUCACUGUCACUGGAAUCAGAUCAUAGAUUGAGUAUUUCAUCAGGAACUUCUUCAUUGUCUGCUUCAUCAUGUGAUUUGUCCCUUGCUGCCGAAUUAAGUAGUUCACCACCUUCCCCUUCCCCCUCACCUGUAUUAUCAAUCACCUCCAAUGACUUUUACAGUUCCAGUCAAGAUGAAUACUUGCAACUCAUAGAACCUGUACCAGUGUUCCCGCCUGCCUACGACACAUUACCACCAGGCGGCUGUCCCAAAUUCCCAGUGCAAUCUUUUUUACCCUCCUGCGGUCCAGAAAAUUUUGCGAUUACUAAUGUUAGUGUACGCCCCCCUGCAUAUACCCCCACAGUAUACAAAAUAGGAGUAGUUGCCCGUAAGGUUGAAUGUGUUACCCCUUAUGAAUUAUCCAACCACAAACUGUGGAAAUAUUUGUUGAUGGAAUUAAACUCUACCCAGUUGAAUUUUUACCAAAUCCCGGCCAUUUUCGAAGCCUCCAUUUGCAACUAUCGUCCUAAUAUGUUGGAUCAAAAGAUUUCUUCUUAUUUGAAGAGAAUUAACUCACAUUUUACUAAUCAAUAUGAUUUAAAAUUUCACUUGUAUUGUAAACAAAUGGGGUUGUUAACCUCGAAAAAGUUGGUUAGAUCUUAUUCAUUACAGUAUGCCAAGAUUGGAUUAGCCAGUGAUUAUACCAAGAAGGAGAAUGUUUUAAGAAUGAGAGCGGAAUCUGAACAAUUUUUGCUUGAAUUUGAUAAUCCACAAGAACUCGUCGACUGGAAUUUGCUGAUUAGUGUCGGAAUGGGAGUUUCUUUAGAUGUUGAACAACGUGCUGAUCCGAAAUAUAGAACUAUUCCAAGAAGAAGAAGAAGAAAUCAAUCUUCUGGCAGUAGCAGUAGCAGUAGCAGCACCAGUUCCAGUGCUAGCUCAGCGACCGCGAUUAUUUCUAGCAGAUUAAGAUCCCUGUCUGAUCCAUUUAGAGGAAGAUUAUCUAAAUUAAAGGAGAAAUUAUCGAGAUCAAAGUUGUCUAAACAACAAGCUGAAGCAGAACCAGCUGCCGUGGUAACUCCACCAGUUGCAUUAGUUUCAGAAACUUCGGUUCUGCGUUCCGCUUCUGUGCCUAACCUUGCGGUAAUUCCCACCCAUGUUCCGGAAGCUUCCGAAGAUGUAAUUCCCUCGGAGCAUGAGGGAUUUGAAGAAGAGGAUGAUGAAUAUGAUGAAGAAUUUAAUCAAGAAUUACGUCAUGAAACAGAUGGUAACCAUUCCGAUGGUGAAGAGAACCAUCAUUCUACUGGAAUGGGUUAUUCUGUGAGCUAUUCGUCUUCGUCUGAUUACAAGUGGAAUCCACCUCCGGAAAAGGUUAGAUCGCCACGUCGUCAUUACCGCCAUUUAUUUAGAUGCAUCAAGGCAUUAAAUGUUGAUGAUCCCUGGUUAAAUAGACUGGUUGUUAUUCCUACCGAAACUUCACCCCUUGCGGAUGUGAUUAUUUCCAGAACAAAUUCCGUGGUUAGUUUGUCUACGGUCAAGAGUACUCGUAGCAGAAGUUUUAGUACCAGUUCUGCCAGUUUGGUUAAAUUGCCUUGCCAUUAUUUACGGGAAUAUAAUGUUGGUGCCAAUGGAUUAGUUCCUACUGAGGUUGCUUAA